AUGACGAAAAACAAGUAUGAGCAGCAAAGGGAUGAUAAUGUAAAGAAAAUUCAGGAAGUUUUUAAAUCUUUGGGUAUACCAAUCUUAGCUCAGGAAGUUAUUGAUGGUCUUGCAAAAAAACAAAAGGGCAAAGGGAAGGCAGUAGCCACUGAAAAUCCAGGAUCUGACCAUGAUUAUGAUCCAUCAUCUGAAAUUGAAAACGAAACUGAUAGUGACGAUGAAUGUGAUGACGACCUCCAUGUUGAGGUCAAUACUCAGGUAGAAGAGAUGGUUCCAGGAACGCGCCUUGUCCAAAAGAAGCUGAAGGUGGGGACGGCGGCUGCUAGCAAAAAGGCACCGUGGACACCAACAAGAUUAACUAGGCAGCAAGCAGCCAUGUCGCCUGGACGUCGUCCACCACCUAGGCAGAGAAUGCCCUUGCUUCCUAAGAACCCUGCAAAAGGCAGCACACAAGCGAAAAGCCAACACCCUACAAGCAGUAGCCUCACCACAAACACUGCAAACAAAGCCCCUGCUCCUCUAGUGAAUCCCACAGCCCCUGCUCCUCCAGUGAACCCCACAGCCCCUGCUCCUCCAGUGAUCCCCACACCCAGUCCAGCCAUCUCUGCUCCUAUUCCCACAGCUAUUCCAUCCAUGUCUGCUCCUAUUCCAAACAGAGAGGCUAGUAUUCACAAAUUCACCAAGGCAACUGCAGCCAAGUCUGUGCCUAGUGCAAACCCAAUGUGUACACCUUCUACUCCAAGACCAACUGCUGCCCUAUCUAGACAUCCUACUCCUGCCACUAGUGUCACCCAAGAAGUUCCUAUAGACACCUCGCCAGGUGUGCAGAGCUCUAGGCAGAGCAAUGACAUCAAUGUGUUAGCUGAUCCAUUUGAUGCAGCAACUACAAAGGACAAUGUACAUGAAGAACAAGCUUGUGACUUAGAUCAGGAUGUAGGGCGACGAAAGGAAGUCCGCAAGAAAAGCAUGGGUCAUGGUUUAGAAAAUUUGCUAAAAAAGGGGCACAAGCUGCCUAUCGAAGUGGCUAAAGGGAAGAAAAGGCCUGCUGUCCCCCUUCAGGCAGCUAAGCUAGCAUCAGAAACUGGCAUUUUCCUUAGAGACCAACUCCCUAUCUACACAUCAUGGAAGACUUAUGAAAAUGAUGCGGGGAAGGCACAAGUCCAAAAAGUGCUUGUUAAAGUGGCGACAAGGUUGGAUGUGGAUAUUAAGAAUGAUGGACCAAGCAAGGCAGCAUGCACUGAUAUUGUCAAGAGGGGAGUAAGGCAGCAGAGGUAUCAUCUGAAAAGGAAGUACUAUGACGAGUCACUGACAAAAGAACAACUCUUGGCCAUGGAACCUCCACCUAAGAUGAAGAAGCAGGAGUGGGUCAACCUGGUUGAGUACUGGUGUGAGCCAAAGAAUCAGGAAAAAAGUUCCAAGAAUAAAGCUAACCAUGCCCUAGUGCAGCUUCACCAAAAGACUGGAUCUAGGUCCUACAUUGCCCACUGUUACAGCCUGAGGUCUAAGUACAACGACACGGAACCAGAUGCGAUUGAAUUCUUUGGUGAAUGCAUGAAUCAUCCACAACAUGGUCGUACUCCUCUUGCAAAUGAAUUAUAUGAACAAAUGGUGGCAGAGAAGGAAAAAGAACCAGAAGAAGGAGAACAACAGAAGUCUCCAACCAAGAUAGUUGCUGAAAGUCUCAGCCACAUCAGCAAUAGAUCAACAUUCCUUCAAAGUCUUGGCAUAACUAAAGUGAGCAAGGCUGCCGGGUCCACAUCAGCUGCAGCACAAGCACGUAUGCAAGCGCAAUUUGAAGAACAGCUACAAGAAGAAAGAGAGGAGGCUGCAAGGAGGCAGGAAGUGUGGCAGGCACAACUUGAAGCGCAGUAG